AUGUCGAGAUGGAUAUGUGUCGUGGCUGGAGGAAAGAACUUGGAAAGAACCGCUGAUACUCGGUCACAAUUGGUCACACCGCGAUACACUGUCUUCCUGCUGCUUUCACGACUCGUUAUCUUAUACAUAUCUCUUCCCUAUCUACUUCGUAAUACCGCGGCCAGCAACCCGUUCCCUCUAUGCCAAGCAACUAUGCACCCCUUCCCAACGACAACCCCGUUCUCCUCCCCCCGCGAAUCCGACGAGGACACCACAGCACAUAGCCGCCUGCUCCCUUCCCUUCAAACGAACGCGUACUCCAGAUUGAAAGUCGCUGAAGACUCCUCGUACACUUACAGUUAUGGCCCUCCCGGCCUGGCUGGACUGUGGCACAACUACUACGCGUUCUUGUGUGCGGUCUUCGCGUCCAUAGGCGGAUUGAGCUUUGGGUAUGACCAGGGUGUGAUUGCCAAUGUACUUGUAAUGGAGGACUUUGUGGGCCGAUGGCCAAUAACACCGCUGCAGAAAGGCGCACUUACUGCUGUUCUUGAACUUGGUGCCCUUAUUGGCGCUCUCACGUUCGGAGUUUUGGCCGACAGAUACUCCCGCCGACAUUCCAUCUUCAUAGCCUGUGUCAUAUUCAACAUCGGCGCGCUCUUCCAAACAUUCGCACGAACACUCGCAGACCUUUUCAUCGGUCGCGCUGUUGGCGGCAUUGGUGUGGGCGCUCUAAGCAUGCUUUCACCACUUUACAUAUCGGAAAUCAGUCCGCCCGAAGUACGCGGCUCGCUCAUUGCGCUCGAACAAUUUUCGAUUGUCCUUGGGGUCGUUGUCGGAUUCUGGAUCGGAUUCUUUACGCGAAAUAUCCCAGGUUCGGCGUCAUGGAGGAUUCCGCUGGGUGUUCAGAUUGGCCCCGGAGUCCUUCUAGCUUUCGGGGCGUCAUUCCUUCUUCCCGCUUCGCCCAGAUUGCUUGUGCUGAAAGGCAAAUACGACGAAGCAGAAGCCAGUUUGGUCAAGCUGCGGGGUCGCGAUGACGCGCUCACAAAGAUCGAGCUUCUCGAAAUGCGUGUUGAAGCAGCAUUGAUUUCUCAAUCCGACUCGGACUCACCCAAACCCGGUACCCAGAGCGAGCUUUCAGCUUGGCGGCACUUAUUCUCCAAGAAAUACCGCCCACGCACGCUGGUGGGGGUUCUUAUGAUGUUCUUCCAACAAUGGAGCGGAAUCAAUGCAUUACUCUAUUACGGUCCUACCCUUGUGAAGAGUAUCGGGCUUAAAGGCGAAACUAUCUCGCUGAUUGUUUCUGGGGGAAUUGGAAUUGUCCAGUUCAUUGCUGUGGGACCCGCUGUCAUCUAUAUCGACCGAGUUGGACGCAAGCCUUUGUUAAGAGGUGGUAGCUCGUUUAUGGCGGCCUCUCAUCUCAUCAUUGCCGUCCUCGUAAUGCAAUUCCAAUCGGAUUGGAGCUCGCAUGCAAUGGCCGCAUGGACCGCUGUUGCUGCAAUCUAUACAUUUACCUUUGCAUAUGGCGUCUCGUUUGGACCCAUUGGAUGGGUCCUCCCGAGCGAGGUCUUCCCGUUGUCGAUGCGCGGCCGUGGCGUGGCUCUAUCGACUGCCUCCAACUGGAGCAACAACUUCUUCAUCGGGCUCGUAACACCAAUUAUUAUGGAAUACUCACCUGCCGGGACGUUCCUCACAUUCGCCACAGCGUGCUUCGUGGCCUAUCUGUGGGCCACCUAUACAGUGCCGGAAACAGCGGGCGUGACGCUCGAAGAUAUGGACCGGGUGUUUGGCGGGGAUGCGGGAAGAGAGGACCGGGUCAGGCGGAGAGAGCUUGAGGAGGAAAUGGGGCUGCAUGCGGUGGUGAUGGAGCUCGCUAGAACCAGCAUCGAUGUAUUCGACCAGGACCCCAAGAACACCAAUCCCGAUAACUGUGGCAACUUUACUGCUGACGACAAGAACACCACCCAGAGCUGCAGCGGAGGAGGGCUGAAGCGCGAGUCAAGACUUCAGGCUCGAAACCAAAGCAAAUCUCUUACUUCAAAGCUCUGA